AUGGGUACGGUCUCGUCUGGCGAGGCUGCUAAAACCGGUAAUGAGUUGCCUAGUGGCCCCGUAACGGCCAACCAGUCUCGUCCUCAUCACUGUACGCCCUCUAUGCAUCAGAGAAUAGUUGGUAAGCAACAGCAGCAACAACAACAACAGUACCAGCCACAACAAUGUCAACCCACUUCUCAACAGCAAGAGGCUGCUCCAUCCUAA